GGUCACCGUUACGCAUUUCAGCUGAACACCGAGCGCAGGAUGGCCGAGACUCACGGCGAGAUCAGCGGCCACGUCUGCCGGCGACCGGCUCCGGUACAGACCUUUAACCACAGAUCCUCUAAGUGGGUCCGUUUGAACGUCGGUGGCACGUAUUUUCUGACCACCAGACAGACGCUCUGCCGGGAUCCCAAAUCGUUCCUGUUCCGUCUGUGCCAAACGGAGCCAGACCUCGAUUCUGAUAAGGAUGAGUCCGGGGCGUAUUUGAUUGAUAGGGAUCCCAUGUAUUUCGGGCCUGUGCUGAAUUACCUGAGACAUGGGAAGCUGGUCCUCGACAAGAACCUGACGGAGGAGGGAGCUCUUGAAGAGGCCGAGUUUUACAACAUCACAUCAUUAAUAAAACUCAUCAAAGAAAAGAUCAGUGAAAGAGAAGCCAAGACGACAGACUCGCCGGUCAAGCAUGUUUACAGAGUGUUGCAGUGUCAAGAGGAAGAACUUACUCAGAUGGUCUCGACCAUGUCAGACGGAUGGAAGUUUGAGCAAUUGGUCAAUAUCGGAUCCUCCUAUAACUAUGGUAAUGAAGAUCAGGCGGAGUUCUUGUGUGUUGUUUCUAAGGAACUGCACAACCAAUCAUACAGCAGCUACACUCAACCCAGUGAGAAAGCCAAGAUUCUACAGGAACGUGGUUCUAGAAUAUGAUCAUCUAGAGCUCCUGCGUUUUGAGACACAUCAGCUCUUUCUAGAACAUUCCAUGAGCUUGUUCACUGGACACCUGACGCACGUGAAGAGCAUGUCCACUGCAAUCCAGUCUGUAUGGUGCUUGUUUGUUUUGAUCUUCAUGGAUUCAGAGACAGGAUCUGGAGAGCUGGACCAAUGUCAAUCUCAGGGAACAAAAGGAAAUGGACAGGUCACUGAAUCACUGCCCAACUUUUUGGUUUGUCUCCCUUUUGCUUUAAUCAAUAACAUGAACAAAACCUGAUGGUCAUGUACUCCUGCAUGAUUUGCAAUGUUUCAAAGAGCAUCUUGAGCUUCAAUGGAAGCAGGAAAAUCUGAGCAUCUGUACAAAGAGUCACAUGAUCAAUGUCAUUUGAUUAGACACAGAUAUAGUACGGUCUUUAUUUAACACUGCUUCAAAAGAGAAAUUAUUUUAACUCUUUUUGUAAAGGUUUAAAAAAAAAAUCCCUUUUUGUGGUCUCAGACUUUUGGACCCUACUGUCCUAUGAUUUAUAUAUGCAACAAAAGUGAUUUUGAAAAUCAGUCAAAAAUUUGGCAAUAGCACCAUGUUUGAGCACACAUUUAAAUGCAAGAUUUUAGUGCUGAGAAAUAUUUCUUGGUGUUGAGAUUUUAGCUACACUACCAUUCAAAAG